GCAGGCAGCUUUCUUGUUCCGAGGACGGCGCUCCUGGUCGCGCCGUCUCUCUUUUCUACCUCCAUUGCGCUUGCUCUUCUCUCCCUCUUCUCCCCACCCUUCUCGUCUCGGUCACUCAAUCACACUCUCCUUCUUUUGCUUUCUCUGUCUUUCUUUCUCCGUCGUACGUACGGCGCACGUACCGUUGAGAGUUUCUCCCUUCUCCUUCCGAUACUCUUUCUCUACCAUUACCCCCUCCCCUCCUAACCUCGAGCGGGUCGGGCGAGUCCACUAAGCUUGCGAGGGGAGUUCGGCAGACCUCGGCUCUAGUCGGCCUCGAUCCGCAGAAUGUGUUAGACGCUGUGAGUCGAUCGCUCCAGUUUUUAUAUAUUCGUGUAUAGACAGGCUCAACGCCGAUCACGAAGCUUGAGAACGUUAUACCGCACUUCGUACGCGGAUCCACGAGUUUCUAGUGCCUAUAUCGACGUUAGUUUUCACCAUCAUUUUCGGACGCACUCGAUCGGUGUAUAUCCGUACGACGGCCAUGUUUGGUGUUUACGAGGUGAGGGGGAACUGCUGACGUCACGAACCCCGAUCUUACACGAAGGGAGCAGCAACACCAGCAGAAGCAGAAAACGUGUGCUGCCGGCCAAUACUAGACACCUCUGAAUCUUAAUACGAAUCCGGAACAAAGACAAGACGCACAGUCGAGUACUAUCCGUACUCCUCGACAAGUAUCGUACACAGGAUUAUUUGUAACGUGAACACACGAAGAAGUAACUCGCGGCGCGCAAACUGUGCCGCUUGAAAUUCCCUUUCCGAUGGGACGUGCGUGUACGCCGACUUCGCUCGUGUUCGCCGGUCUUGCCGCGACUACUGGCCUUUCAAAAAACAUCGGCCGCAUUGCCGUCUCACUGCUGAAAUAGCAGCCACUCUAAUCACCAGUCGGUCGACUCGAUCCUGUUCAGUGCGGAAAACAUCGAGCGAUGUCGAGUCUCCUCGUCGUAUACGAGACAACACGUGUUUAUUAUGUUUACACGGUGUGUCAUCUCGAUUAAAUUAGAGCAUCGUGGCCCGAUCACGGUAUAGGUACAUAUGGUGUUACGUUACUCAGUGUGGUUUUUCAGUGACAGUCAUCGCUCGUUCAUUGGAUUUACCGAUAGUUGUUUUUUUUUUUUUUUUUUUAAAUUACGAAUCUAACGAACAAGGAUUAAAAACAUCAUGGAUCUAGGUGACAGAGUUUACGCCGCAGAACGGAUUAUAAAGAAGAGGGAAAAGCGGGGCAAAGUAGAAUAUUUCGUAAAAUGGAAAGGAUGGAGCAAAAAACACAACACAUGGGAACCGGAGGAAAACAUUUUAGACGUCAGAUUAAUCGAAUUGUACGAAGAAAGUCAAAAAGGUGGCGAUGUGACUGCAAGAAGACCCAGAAGGAGGGAUACUAGAUAUAAUGAAGUUUUGGCAAAUUUGGUUGUCGAGGAAGAACCCGGUGGGGAUGAAAGAGUCGGAGAAGACAGUCAGGACGAGUCGACAACUGGUAGCACCUCUGCACCACGUUUAAAUCCGGUUGCGCCUGACGAAGACACGCUUCCGAGUUCCCUCGACGGACACGAAUCACCCACAGCCCCAGAAUUAUCGGCGUCUGCAUUCAGCGUCGAUUCAGAUUGUUCCAGUAGUAGCGUAGACAGUCCUCUGUUACCAAGGAGAGAACCAACUGGUACAAAAAGGAAAGCCGAGGUUCUAAGCAAAGAGUCGGGAAAAAUCGGUGUUACCAUUACUACCAGCAGUCCAAGCAGCGGUAGCAGCGGAAGUCCACCUCCGAACAAAAUCCCCCGACUAUUGCCUUUGAAAAGUAGUCCAACGUCUCCCUCUUAUCACAGUCACAAGGUGAAUGGCAGGAGGCCGUCAUCAUCGAGCGUGAAGUCAACACCGGAGGAACCGCUACCAGCAGUACCGACAACACCAGCUCCUGCAGUGCAAGAGAAAAAGCGUGCCGAAGCUGACGUGCCUCACGGUCCUCCACCCUCGCUGCCGCGUGCACCACCGGCACCUUUGUCCCCACAGAUAGACACGCCUCUGGAACAGCCUACCAAAAAGAAGCACUUGCCUGAACAAAAACAAGAAAAAUCGAACGGAGCAGUAACAGUGGACGCGAACGGUCACAAAUCUCCUAGCCCUACAGAUUCUUACACGAACAACAAUAGGUUACCGACCAUUGUCAAUGGACAUCAUAAUCAUAACAAUAACCACACAAACAAUAGUAACAGCAGUAGUAACACAUCGAGUGUGAAACAAACGGAAAUCACGAAGCCAGACAUGUAUGUCCCUCUCUCGAGUCCUGGUACGGAUUACUGGCACGCGCGGAAUCCAGUUGCCGAUCAGGUGUUCAUUACAGACGUGACGGUGAAUUUGAAAACCGUUACUAUCAGGGAGUGUAAGACUGAAAAAGGAUUCUUCCGGGAGAGGGAUCCGAAGAGCGAUAUCUAUUAACGAUGAAUAAAAACGCUUUACUGUGAAUUUCUAAUACUGAACCAUGCUUGUAAAUAUAAAUUAUUUUCACACAUUGAAAUGUAAAAUCGAGGAUGAUGAAUAUAUACAAAUAUACAUAUAUUAUAUUAUAUUAUAUUAUAUUAUAUUAUAUUAUAUGAUAUUAUAUUAUAUUAUACAUAUAAUAUUAUAUAUAUAUAUUUGACAGUAUCAAGCUAUAUAUAUGUAGAGAGAGAGACUUUUUUCUAUAAACGGACUUUUUUUUAUGGUUGCGAAGAGAAUGAUCGAAGUUAUAUGUAAUUAUGAAGAAAUUUAACUUGCAGUUUCCGAUUGUACGCUCUGAAGCUCCAAGAACUUCCAGAAACAAAACAGAAGUUACAUGAAUCUAAAAUUCAAUAUUUAUCAAUAGAUAUCAAUAGGAUUUGAUUGGAGACAAAAAAUCGAACGGUCAGUUCCAGUAUGUCGAAUACAAGACUAUAGUAAGUGAAGAUAAAAGAUUGUGGGACUAUCGUUAUGCGACAACCUCAAAGGGAAAAAAACAACGGUAUGAGUCGCUGUCGUGAUAUAUAUACACUUGUACAUUAAAAAAAAAAAAAAACACUUGAUAGACAGACUUUCUGUUUUUAAUACAGAAAUUCAAAAAUUUCUGUAUUAAAAACAAAACAAAAAAAAAAUGCAAAAAGAUCUGAAAGAAACAUUUUAGAAGAUAAAUAACAUUUUCUCAUUGAUUGCAUUUCCGCUUGUAUUAGAAUUCUGAAAAGAUAAUGGAAUGUCUUUGUAAGUUAGUUAAUUUUCAAUUUUGCUAAGAUAAAAUAGUACAGAUCUGGAAAGAAAUAUUUUUCUAAUUCGUUUUUAGAAUAAUCAAAGUAAACUUCAUAGAAGCGAUUUAAGAAAAUGCGAAACAAAAAAAAAAAAAAAGAAUUUGGAAGUAUAUAGCGACAAAAGAAGCAGAAGAGAAAAGAAUUAAUGUAUUUCUCAGCAUUAUGAUAAUAUAUUGUAUUUAACUGAUGAAUAUUACUCUCAUUUUUUCUUUUUUUCUCUGCGAGUAAUAUUGUGUCAUAAAAAAAGAAGGAUGGUGGUGUAUCAUUCGUUCGUAGAUUUUAGAUUUGUUUAGAGACAGAGCGCAUUAUUGGCUUUUUUUCAAGUUAUGGCAUUAUACACAUACAUAUAGUUCAAUGCACAGUGACAAAUAAGCUGAAAAAGAGACGGAAAACGAUGUUAAUUAUCAACGAUACAUAGUGCGCGAUAACUUUAUAAUUUAUAUAACGUGUUCUAUAUCGGUUGUCGGUGUUUUUUGUUACGAAUCAGUUAAGUAUUGUUUAAACAUGUUAUUUGUUGCAUUUUUUUUUAUAUGAUCAAAUGUCUUUUCUUUUUUUUUUUCUUUUUUUUUUUUCAUUCGAUUUUAAGAACUGACUGCACAUCGUACAUUUUAAUGCACGCGACAUUUAAUUUUAACGAUAUAUAUAUAUAUCGAGAAAUAUUUAUGCAUAUCCUUGAGAAAGCGCCAUUUUAUGUUUUAAAAUGGGUUGUCGACGUGUAUUCACCAAAUAGAGAUGUUCCUACCUCGAAAACGGUCAUCUUGAACAGAGAAUCGAGUACAACAACCAAAUUCUAACAAUCUUCUAUCUAAACUAUAUAAUUAAUUAUUGUCGCUGGAUUUCUCGGACAUUCUUUUUUUUAAUUCUCUUUUUUUUUUUAUUUUAACAACUUGCUGCACCGUACAUUUGAUGCAUGUGUACAGCAGCUUCAGAACCAGUAAAUCCGUGAUAUAGUUAAUUGUAUAAGUGUAAAUUUUAAAACGAAAAAAAAUGCAUAUACGUUGCUUAUUUAUUGUAACUAAUAUAAACAAAGAAAAAUUUUUAGGUUUUUACAUUCUUAGUAUAGUAUUAUUAGACUAUACACGAUACGUCCCAUUUUAUAAAAAAAAAAAAAAUUAAAAGCGACUUUUGCUUUUCUGUCGUACAAUUAAAUUUAAGGGAUUUUAUUAAUUAAAUUUUUAACGAAUCUUUAAUAUUUAUUUUUCGUUACAUCAUGUACGAUCGAUUUUCAAGAGAAAAGCAGAGCUAUGACGAUUCAUCGUGAAAAAAAGAAAAAAAUGAAAUGGGGCUAUUUGUGUGCUAUUAGGUUGCGCGACUUCUUGCAAUUCAUCAUUGCAAAGAAUUUUAAAUACACGUUUAUUAAAUUGUUGUAUAAUGUAAACCAAUAUACUCUGUAUAUUGAGAGAGAAAUAUUCUGUAAAAAUUGUAAAUAGUUCGACAAUUCAAUAAUAACGGAACGAGUAGAGAGAGAAUGUGUGUUGUGCGUGCGUGUGUGUGUGUGUGUGUGAGAAAGGAAGAGAGAAGUGAAAACGCGUAGCUUUUAGAUCUUUUAGUUCGUCGUAAUUGUAAAUAUAAAAAAAAGGAAAGCAAAAACCCCUUUAAGUUGUAAAUGUAAAAAAAAAAAAAAAAAUCGCAGAACUGCAGGUCUAGGAGGAAAAGAAAAAUCCUUUUUAGCUUUAGGGACUUUGAGAUAGACUGUGCGCGUACCUUCAACAUUGUUUCUGUACUUAUAGAAAAUAUUCAGACUUUACUUAUAACGAUUAAAGGAAAAAUAAAUGAAGUUGACACAAAGCAUGUACACAUACACAUAUACAUACAGACACACAAGGAGAAAGGAAAAAAAAAAAUAUGUGAAAAGAUAACCCAGCGAUUACGCAGGCAUAUACAUACGAUGCGAACCCCGGUAGUACCAAAUUCAAACGAUAAUUAAUUUUAGUUCUGUCUGGUACAGAUUCCUUAUAUUUCAAUAAAAUCUUUAUUUGAA